UGAUACUUGAGCUCUAGAAUAUUCUUUAGUUGUCAGAAAAUAUUUUAUGAAUUUGCCUUGGCACUUUGGGCUGAACUAGGAAAAGUAAUCACAAUAGAUACGAUAGCACUGCAUCCAGCAGCUGUUGUUUUUAUUGCGGUUUAAAAGAUAUUUACUUGUUCAUAAUGGCUACAAUCAACAGGCCUCCAAUGAACAGAAUUCCAGCAGUUGCACCAACUAUCAAACAAGAUAAUUCUGUUAAGGAUUUAAGGAAACUUACUCGCUUAGAAUUGUUAGACCUCAAAGAAAGACAAAGCAAAUUAUUGGCUAAUAAAUCUAACUUAAAAAGGUUACCUGAUAAAGGAAAACGCAUUCAAGAUUUAUACGAAAAAGUGAUAACUGAGCUUGAUCGACGCUCAAAUAUCGAUGAAGCGGCAAGUAUGUUCUCAGAAUUAAAUAUAGUUUCCAAAGGAGAAGAUGUACUUAACAGUCUUGAAUGGAAUGGUAAUGUAAAUAACAUAAAUGAUGGAGAAUCUAUCGAAGAUGUUUUGGAUAGUGAUGAUGAAGAAGAACUUGAUCCGCUACGUGUGAUAGCUCAACGCACAAUGCACGAAAGGCGCACUAAAGUGCUAGAACCAGAGUCAAAGCUAAUAACGGAAGCAGAUUUAGCUGAAAUUGAAUCUUUCAAAAGUGAAAUUAGGAAUUCAGUCGCUGGUGAAGGGAGUGCAGUUUGCGAAAGUAAAGAAAUUGAUAAAGUGGUGGACGUACAUGUUGUAGAGAUCGACAUAAGCGAAAAGUUGCCGAAAAUAAAGUCAAAAAUACAAAGCAUUGCAGAAAAACCUCUGUCAUCAAAAUCUAGUUCUAUUAGUGAAGAUAGUCGUUCCAGCACACCUGCGCAAUUGGAUGUGGAACAGCAUGUACGGUACCUUGUAGAAAAAACUGAACAACAAGUAGUGCCGCAACGUGAAAAAUACAAACCUUACAAGACAACGCUUACUGAUGUGCAUAAUCCAUCCAAGGAACGGAUACGUAAGAAAGGCAAACAUUGGGAAGUCACAGCUGCAACACCUCCAUUUAUACAGCAUAGUGGAGCCAAAAUGCUCACAUUACUUGAUUCAGUUGAAUUACAAUCUAAUUAUUUAACAAAAAUAAAAGAAUUGCAAGAGAAGCAAGCAGAAGAACGGCUAGCGGCACGAUUGGCGCGGUUGGGCCACCGAGGGCUUGAACUGCCUACAGAGAACGAGCUAAAAUCCAGUGCUGCUUUUAACACUUACCGCACACCGGUGGUACAUAUCGAAGGUGAAGCGAAAUUCAAUGAAGAUGAUGAGGUACAUGACCCUUUAGACGAGGAAAAGUCUGGUGGUGGUGUUACAUAUACGAUAUACAAUUAAUAACUAGUCUAUUUAUAUUUCUUUACGUUAAUUUAUUAGCUGCUCGUCUGGGAGCGUUUAUAUGUUGAACAUGUAAUGACAACUAUGUUUCUAUUUUAACUCACAUAAAACCAUUCAAGAACGUGAAUUAUUUUAAAUUUCUAAAAUGCAUAUUUUUAAUAUACAAAUGUACGUAGGGUUGUGAUUUCAAUAAAGUACACAGAUUUAUAGAAUUUCCAA